UUGUGCAGGCAGGCAAAAUGGUCCUCACAGGCAGUCCAUUUGCCUGGUGCCUGGCCCUUAAUAAAACCCCUGUAACAGUAGGUUCUUGAUAACUGAAGCAUCUUAAACUUGCUUCUGAACACAACUCAAACAUUUCAUCAAGAUUUUACAUCCCUUGAGCCUUUGAAAUUCAGAGGGAUCUUCUCCAGCAUUAUUAAUAAGUCAUUUUGUGUAAAGAUUGUUAUGUGAAAUUUAUAUUGUUGUGUUGCAUUAAUUCUUCUUGCAUUUUGCAUAUUGCUCAUUAUAGCAAAAUUGUAGCAAUAUUGAUGGCUGUGGAUUUGGAAUGAUUUAUUAUAGAACUUGCUUGAUGAUCGCUUGAGCCACCCUAACAGUGCAGUUGUAAUGGCUUGUAUACGACUGGUUAUCCACAUGACAAAAGACAUGGAAGAGUUAACUGAACAUGUUUACAAGAGAAUUAAAGGUCCUCUGAUGGUCAUUCUCUCAUCAAGUAACUCAGAGUUGGUUUACGUGUGUUUGUGCCACAUAGAACUCUUGCUAACCAAAAUGCCGAACUUGUUUGAUCAGGAAUACCGCUCAUUUUUCUCCAGGCAUACGGAUCCACAGUAUGUUAAAACAAAAAAGCUUGAUAUUAUUACAACUAUGGCAUCAGUUUCUAAUGUUGAAGAAGUUGUUACUGAGUUGAGUGCUCAUGUUCAUGACGUAGACAUUAAAAUGUCCAAGAAGUCAAUCAAAGCUAUUGGUGAAAUCGCCCUGUGUCUCCCUCAGGCAUCAGAGUUUUGUAUUGAUGUACUUCUUACAUUUCUCUCCUGGGAAAUUGAGUACAUUACAUCAGAGACUCUUGUUGUCAUCAGAGACUUGCUUCUUAAGUAUGAAAAGUUAACCAUUGCUGUUCUACCCCAGAUGUCACAAUGCCUUGAAAUAGUUCAGGAUCCUAAGGGUUUAUCUGCUAUCAUUUGGAUUCUGGGAGAGUAUGGACAGUCAAUUGCUGACAGUCCAUAUAUGUUGGAACCUCUUGUGGACAAAAUUGCCUCGGAACAAUCAGCAGAAGUGAAGUUACAGCUUCUUACUGCAACAAUGAAACUAUUUUUCAAGAAACCACCUGAAUGUCAAGAUAUGCUGGGUCGACUUCUCAAGUUUUGUGUAGUUAUUGAACACGUCUUUGAGGAAUUCAACACACUGUCAAUAAUAUAUAGACAGCCAUCAGAUCACUUCAUUAGUCAAACCAUACCUUACAUCAAAGGACAGCCAUACACACAAGAAGAAGGAGAUGAAAGACUGUCACAUCAACAGGAAGAUAUAGAAGCAGAAGAACCAACUCUGCCUCCUUCACAUUACCAUGUUACUGUUGGCAAUCUACUGGGAGAUGAUGUAAAUGAACAACAAGAGGAAGACAGGGAAGAAGGAGAAGACUCCCUUGAACUGAGUGAUCAUCCAGCCUUGACACCUGCCCAGUUUGAGCAGAAAUGGAAAUGCCUUCCACAAAGCUCCAGUUGGGAGGAAACUAUGGCUAAUCUUCCAUCCACUCCUGAGGAGUUUCAGCAACAUUUCUCAGAAUAUAGGGUUUCCUUGAUGGCGAGCAGCCCUCCUGGUCAAUCUGUUCAGAAAUAUUUCUUCUAUGCACAACAGGCUUCUGGACAAAGUUUCUUCCUGGUUGAAGCUGUAAUUGAUGUUGCUACAAAGCUGCUUAGAAUUGUCACCAAAGUAGAGGAUUCGUCAUUAGUUCAGCAGUUUGAUACAUAUCUCAGGGCUUGCCUUGAAGAGGAAUGGAUAGGGGCUCAUUGAAGCUACAGAAAGGUUUCUGAACAUGCGCAGUGACAGAAAACUAAAUGCAGAAAAGCACGGCCUAUCUUUGAUUCAAAUUAUCUCACAAGGAGAUAACUGCUUUAAAGAGUGGUACAUUCUUCCAAAAUCCAACUAAACAAGGAAGGUUUCCAUUUGUUUGUCAAGUCCAUUUUUUGUGGAAGAAGUAUCAUCCGGGGUUAACCCUUACCCACAGGAGGCUGGCUAUUGAGAGAAAAGUUGAAAGCCCUAAAAUUCAUGUUCACCAGUUAGGGCCAUGGGGCUUCUGGUGGUCAGCUACAUUCUACAACACCAUGAAAUAAACAGUACAGGCAAAUAACAUUUUAACUUCCAUUCAGAAGCAUACUUCUACUGUGUUACAUGUAUGUUCAAGAAAACAAGGAUAGAAAAUUGAACGGAAAAAAAAAUAAUUAGAAAUAUGAAAAUUAAAAUAUUUGAAAGUAAAAUACAUGUUGUAGAGCUAUAAGAGUGGGGUUAGCUCAAUUUCAAUAUAUUACUGAACAGUUUAUAAAUUUGUUUUGUCAAAUAUGCAUGCACUGGUCAAGCAUAUAACUCUUGAAUUUAAGUGAACCUGAAUUCCAGUACUGAUAAUUCCAGAAAUUUAGGUUGAUAUCUAUAACUUCACACCCACAAUGUGUGCGUCACGUCCAGAUGAUGGUUGAAGUGUGUUAACAUGGAGCUCAGCCCUGGGUGGAAAUGCCAUCCAGUCCUUUUUACUAAUGAACAUGAUUAUGGGACUGCUUCCAGUGUAAGGAUGAUGCAGAAUAAUUUGUUAUUAGUGUUAUUAUUUUCUCCCUCUCCCUUCCAUUAAACCCUCUUAUCGUUGUUGACCCGAAAGAAUAAAAUUUCUUGUGGUCAGCUUUACUGCAUCUGUAUUGACUACUUAUUAACCGCGAGUGAGGUCUUUACAGAAAAAUCUCAAACUGAGACCUUACGGUAUUGAUUGAGUGAUAGCGAGGUCUAUAUGGCAAGACCAAGGUUUAAGAUUUUCCCAUAAAGACCGACAGUUCAAUUUUUUUUUUUUUGGUUUUUGUUUUAUGGCAUUUUGCUUAGUUUUUGCAGGCUUAUAAUUGGCCUGUGGACAUUAUGGGAGAAUAAUGCCCUAGUAUUAGCCAAUCAGAGGACAUUAUAUCGGCUACAAACACAAGUCAUAAUAAGUUGAUAGUCUGCAGUCAGAUGUCAGGGAACUUGUCAAUAACCUCUUCUUAAAAAUAGACAAACCACACCAACAUAUCAUGUAUUCAUUUCAAACUUUAUUGACACUCUGGCAGUUUCUUAAAUGUCCAGAAAUUGUUUUUACAAAUCAUAGCAUCUUAGGGCAAUAUAAUAUUACAGAAUUUUCACCCUAUAGCUCUGAUAUCAUUUCUAUUAAGAUUACACACUCCUACAAGUAUGACAUAUCACAGUUCAUUCACAGAUCUACAGCUGAAUCAAAAUUCUUUAUUAACUUUGUAGAGGUGAUCAGAAAACAUAAUGAUGGAUAGUCAAACUUCUAUGCAGAUGAAAACAAUACAUCAAACUUUACAGCUACCAGUUCAUAAAAUUAUUUCCAAACAAUCACCUACAUAAAACUAUCCAGCCAGAGUAAUGUAUGCUUAUGGAAAUGCAAUUCCAUUAUGAAGGAUAAUACAAAUUUAAAAUCCCUGUUACAAAACUUGUACUCUCCAAUAGCACCCUUGUUUGUUUUAACCCUUAAAUCCCCAGCACUACCUCUACUUCUCGUGAGCUGAUUGUCACACACAUUCUCGCAAAGAUUAUCGAAAAUGUCCAAAGACAGGAAGGGGAAUGGAGAUAUUGAACCAGGGAGUAAAUGAGGGAUUACCUCAUUUUACAUCCUUAUCUUAUCACUCCAUCUUGCACAACAGGAAUAAUUUUUGGCCUAAAAAAAAUUG